AUGCCCUUCACGCGCUUCCGCGACGCGUACGCCCGAGCGCGGCAGCUCCAGCUGCUACCUCACCAGCUGCUGCGGCCAGAGAACUACCGCACCGGCGCUGCGCUGCAGGAGAAGCUCGACAUCCUGCGCCUCUACCUGCUGACAGGCCUUCUGACGUCGCCGCUGCCACCGGCCGCAGCCACCACUGCAGCCAACACGUCCGCCACAACCGUCGCCGCCGUCGCACCUCUCGCCUCUCCGUCCCGUUCGCCAUCGUCCUUCGUGCCGCCUGCCGCACCGCCGCCAGCGCGCGCGUCGUGGCCGGACGUGCGCGUCCGCUCGCUCGAUGACGUCGAGGACACGGCGCCGCGACUCCACCAGCAGGCCGCCGCCGUCCAGUCCAACGCCGUCUCCCAGCUGGCGCCGGGCCUGCCGGCAGACGCGGACGACGCGACCCGCGUGCUCUACUACCCGUACGACCUGAUGCGGCUGCAGGGCGGCGCCGCGCGCUUCGAGGGCAACGCGUGCCUCAUGCUGCGGUACGACGGCACGCUCGUCGACGGCAGCGAGACUUCGCUGCGACUCGCGAUGGAUUGCCCCCUCUCCGUCGGCCACCUCGCCAACCACCCCCCGCGCGGCCGCGGCGCCAACGUGCUCGCGUGUGCCGUCGACCUCGACGCCUCCUCCUUGCCCGAGCGGGUGCUGCCGCUGCUGCCGUAUGUGCGCGCGACCGAGGUUGGGUGGAGGCUGCGGCUGGAUCGCGGCGACGCGCCGCCCACAGAGGCGGCCGAGGACGCGCCGCUGCGCGGCCUCGUGCUGGUCGCGUCCCGCGACAUCGAGGAUGAAGAGCUCUUCCUCGACUACCGGCUCAACCCGGCGACGCGCGACAAGUGGCCCGGCUGGUACGUGCCGCUCGACGAGGAGGAGGCGGCGCGGCGAUGGGGUUGA